AUGGCGGGCGCCCCCCUGCGCCCCCUCCUGCUGCUGUGCCUGGUGCUUGCCACCGUGGCCGACGUGGUCGUGUAUGAGGACCAGAAACUGGACAGCGUCCCGGGAGUGGAGGCGCACUCCUGGACGGUGGUGGGCGACGGGCAGGACGGAAACUCGGGCUUCGUGAUGCAGCUGGAGACCGUGUCGGCGAGCGUUGGAGAUGGCGCGCUGUCAUGGGACAGUGUGUUCGGGAACGGCGACGCAAACUCCUGGGUCACUGAGCAGUUUCAGAAUUUUCCAUUCUUUGUGAGUGCUUACCCUGAAGAUUCCCAAGGCCAGAUGCUUCAGAAUGUGGCUUGUGCCCGCUUUGAUUCUGCCCUCACAGAUGCGAGGUCUCGAAAUGACGAUAGCGUGGCAUGGGGCUAUGGUGCUGAUGCAGGCACCUACCAGGACCAGGGCUGGGACGUUGAGACUUGCGCCCUCAGGAGAACCAUGAAAGAGACCGCGCGAAAGGCAGGCGAAAUCGCUUUCUAUGAAGGCAUGGAAGAAGACAGACCACUGCUUCAGAAGAAAGGGUUCGGCCAGGGCGACGACGGGUACACGGAUGUCAUGCUGUCACCCAUCGCAGAACCUGCCCAGAAGGCUGUGUAUCCAUGA